AUGAAUAUUUCAACACUUAUCUAUCUGGUCUUAAUAUUUUCUUUUUAAGUAUAGGCCUCUCAUCUUUGUGCAGAAGAAACAGAUCAAACAUCAGAGUGCAAAAAGUGUAUAGCAAAUUCGAAAUUAGAUCAAGGGACGUGUAAGUGUUUGGAUGGUUAUAUUUCAGACAAUAAAGUGAAUAAAUGCUAUUGUACGCAUAUCAAUUAUAAUUAAUUAGCUUGCUUGCCUAAUUGCAAAAGGUGUAAGCCAUUUCAAUUAAAUUAAUGCGAAGAAUGUUUUGGUGAUAAUGCUGACCCUGAAAAUCAAUGCACUUGUAAAAAGGGGUACAUAUAUUCAUCCUAAAUGGAAACCUGCAUCAAUAGUAUAAAUAUAUAUCAUUAUAGAGAACAAUGAUUUAAAUCUGGAAAAUCUAAAAUAUCAGAUUGAAUCAAAAGAGUUUGGGAGCCUCAAAUUUGAUUUCUGCUUACCAGUUGAAGAGUAUGCUGAAACAAGUCACCUAUAUAAAUUAAAAAUAAAUAAUGCUACUGCCUCAUUAUAAAUGAACUUUACAGAAUUGAAUAACUAAAGUUCUGUGGCUUAUAUCUAAACUAAGGAAAAGCUGAUAUUCGAAAAGAUCCUUUUAUAAAAGAUUAAGUCUAGGCCUAUAUUCAGGGAUUUUAAUGAGACAAUUUUCGAGUUAAAUUAUAUUUAAGGAUUAAGUCAGACUAAAGACAAUAAUGAAAAAUAGAAUUUAAUUCUAAUGAUCGAAAUCAAGAAUGUCAUUUCAAAUAGUUAUUAUUUCUUUUUGAUGAAGUGCGGUUUAUAAGAGGGACUUAGUUUAGAACAGUAAAAAAUAUAAGAAAGUCAUGUAAAUUAUGUAGUUGAUAAAUAUUUUAAUCUAUUCUAUCAAUGUCCUUCUAAUUGCAAGACAUGUACUUUUUAAACUACUGAAAGGUUAUCUAGAGUUUAAUGUAAAUAGUGUAUUAAUGGGAUGAAAUUAGAUGACGGUAAAUGUUAUUAUGAAAACUAACCAACAAAAAUUAGAGAAGUAAGAUUAAUUUAGGGAUAAGAUGAAAAUACAGAAUGUGAUAUUUAAACUUAUUUAAAGGAUGUGUAUUGUGAAUUAUGCGAUAUUAAAAAUUGCGAAGUAUGUGAAAAUCAAGAAAGUUGUAAAAAAUGCAUUGAGAACUUCGAGUUGAAGGAUGGACAAUGUUAAUGUAAGGAGGGCAAAGAUGAAUAAUGUUAAAGUAAAAUAAAUCAAUUCUGCAGUUAUCAGAAUGGAAAUGAGUGCUUGUAAUGUAAUAAUGGCUAUUAUUUACAAUAAAAUGAAUGUCUGAAGAUGUUAUCAAAUGAAUAUUUGGUUUGUAUAAAAUAAGAGUAAUGCUAUAGUUGCUUGAAUAUGGAAUAGAUUAUUUAGAAAUCCAAAUUCGAGUCUAAAAAAGAGAUUUGUGAGUGUGAAGAUGGAUACUUUAUGAAUUAUAGAUUAUUGCAAUGCAAUUAAUGUGAUUCAAGUUGCAAGACUUGUGUAGAUAGAUAAAUCAAAUGCACAAGUUGCAAUGAUGGAUUUUAUUUACAAGAUAACAAAUGCAAAAAGUGUCCUUUGACUUGUCUCAAAUGUGAUUCUUAUGAAAAAUGUCUCAAUUGUCUUGAUGGCUAUUACUUAAAUCAAUUUCAAUGCAAGAAAUGUGAAAUUUUGAAUUAGGAUAAGAAUGUUUGUGCAAAGUGUUUGAAUGAUAAAAUCUGUACUUAGGCAAUUGAAGGAUAUUAUGUUGAUAGUUAAAAUAAAGUUAAUAAAUGUGAAAUCGAAAAUUGUAAAGUGUGUAAAGACAAAUAGGUUUGUGAAAGAUGCGAUCCAAAUUAUUUUGUGGAAAAAGGAUCUUGUGUGCAAUGCCAAGAAGGAUGUGUUAGUUGUGAUCGAAACAAUGAAUUAAAUCAGAUCAAAUGUUUUAAUUGUUCUCCUAAUUAUACACUCAGUGAUGAAGAUGGAAAUUGUAAGAAAUGUCCAUCAAAUUGUAAAUAAUGUGCAACUCCAAACACUUGUAAUGAAUGCAAAGAAGGAUUUAAGUUAUCUAAAGAGACAUAAUUGUGUGGAUGUGAAAAUGCAAAUGAAUAUUAUAAGAACAAUAAGUGUUAAAUCUGUGUUCAUAAUUGCGAAGUGUGUGAAACAAAAGACAGGUGCAAGACUUGUUCAACUUCUUAUGUUGCAAAUAGUAAAGGUGUAUGUGAGAAAAAAUAAUGUAAAAUCAAAAAAUGUGAAUUAUGUUAAUCUGAUGAUUCAUGUGAUCAAUGUGAAGAUUCCAUCUAUUUUCCAGAAGAAAAAAAAUGUACUUGUAAGGGUAAUUGUGAAACAUGUACUUUGAAAGAUUCAAAAUAAUAAUGUACGAAGUGUAAAUCAAAAUAUUAUUUAAAGUAAAACGAAUGUGUAGAAUCUCAUUGUGAAGAUGAAGGCAAGGAUGGGAAAUGUAAAAAAUGUAAAACUGGAUAUUUUAUCAAUUCAGAUGGUCAAUGUGAAGAAUGUUAACCUAAAAAUUGUAAGGAGUGUACUAAUAAUGUUUGCGAUGUAUGUCAAUAAGGUUAUUAUCUACUGGAUUAAGCAUGUAAAAAAUGUUCAGACCCAUUAUGUUUGGCUUGUGAAUAUUCUUAAAAUGAAGAGUAAGAUGUAUGUAAAACAUGUAUGCCUGGCUAUUCUUCAAAGGAAAUGAAAUGUUAUAAAGAAAACAAUAUGUUCCCAUUACUUGCUCUAGUUUUCAUAAUUGCUGUAAUUUAUGGAGCCUUUUACUUUAAAGAAUAAAUCUUAUCUCUUUGCUCAAAUUAAAAUUAAGGAUUUGUAAAUAGUUCUGAUUAAGAUGUUGAACUUACAAAUAAAUCAAAAACUCAGACAAAAUAAAACAGAGAUGAUGAUUUUAAUAUAUUAGAAGAUUGA